UAAACUUCAGCGCAGUGCUCUAUCGAACGAAAACGAAUUGUCAAUUUUUUCUCCUUUAUUUUUUUUCCUCGCAAAAUAUCAUCAAAAAUACCCCAAAAAAUGGUUCAAAAAUUAGUCAAUUAAGUGCAUUCAAUCCCAUUCUGUCCACAGUGUGUGCAAGUGUUGAAAAUCCAUUGGGAAAUUGUGUAUUUUUCAGUGUUUACUGGCAUUUCCAUAUAAAGGUGUUUUCUCCAAAUUUUUCACCUUGGAUUUUCACCCACUUAAAAGCUUCCCAAGUAACCAGUUUGUGGCUCUGCAGGAAGCCAGAGAGUUGGCAUUUUCCUCCUGAGUGUUUCCACAGGGACCUUAUUGUGAUUUUCCGGGUGAAAAGUUUGAAUGAAAAGUGAAUAUCCGGGAUGUCUGGCCGUAGGAAACCUAACCUCAAAAUCACAAUGGCUGCAGAAGCGCCGCCUCCUGUAACUCCACCACACAAUCUGGACAAGAGUACAACAAUCACAAUUGAAGAUAAGACGUUCAUUGUGGAGGCGGAUGAUCUGGAGAAGCUUUGUGACCUGGGCAGGGGGGCAUAUGGGAUUGUAGAGAAGAUGCGUCACAGACAGACGGACACAGUGAUGGCCGUGAAGAGGAUCACCGCAACGGUGAAUACGCAGGAGCAGAAGCGUCUCCUGAUGGAUCUAGACAUUUCAAUGAGAUCCAGCGCUUGCCCGUACACAGUUCACUUCUACGGGGCGCUGUUCCGCGAGGGCGACGUCUGGAUCUGCAUGGAAGUGAUGGAUACCAGCCUAGACAAAUUCUAUCCGAAAGUAUUCAAAAACAGCCGUGUUAUGUCUGAAGAUAUUCUAGGAAAAAUCACGAUAGCCGUAGUUAAUGCUCUCCACUAUCUCCACGCCAAACUCAAGGUGAUCCACAGGGAUGUUAAGCCAUCAAACAUUCUGAUUAAUCGCAAAGGAGAGGUUAAAAUGUGCGAUUUUGGCAUUUCUGGGUACUUAGUUGACUCGGUGGCGAAAACUAUAGAUGCCGGAUGCAAACCCUACAUGGCUCCGGAACGGAUAGAUCCAACAGGAAAUCCGGGACAGUAUGAUAUUCGAUCGGAUGUCUGGUCACUGGGGAUCAGCAUGAUUGAAAUGGCCACCGGGAAGUUCCCCUACUCCACAUGGGGCUCCCCCUUUGAGCAACUGAAGCAGGUGGUUACGGAUGAUCCGCCGAGGGUUGAAGUGGGCAAGUUCAGUCCAGAAUUCACGAAUUUCAUUAGUGUUUGCUUGCAAAAGUGCUACACUGACCGUCCAAAUUAUGAGCAAUUGCUGCAGCAUCCCUUCCUCCAGGAGCAUAGUGCUAAGACAACAGAUGUCGCCACCUUCGUCGAGGAGAUUCUCAACUUGCCGGAUUGAAGAUGAAUCAUGAAAAAUCCUAAAAACAAAAAUAAAAGUCACAAGGAGAGACACAGAUGAGGGAUUUGUGUGAAACCGAUAAGAGAGAGAGAGAAAGAGAAAGAGAGAGAAAAAACGAUAAAUACUAAUUACCUUAUUUUUCUUUUGUUUUGUAACAAUUUAGCCACGAGAUGAAGAAAAAGAAAAAAAAAACAAACGAUACUAAUGAGCAAUUUUAUUUGAUAAAAGAGUGUUUAGAGAGAAAGAUUGAGAAAAAAAUAUUACUAAAUAGUAUUUUCUCCAAGAGGAUAAUAAUUAGAGAAAUGAAAAAAAUAUAUAUUUCUAAAAACAAUUUUCUCAAAAGCUGCAUAAAAUGCUGGAGAAAAAGAAUCCAAAUAAAAAUUGCCAAGCAAUCUGGAUGAAAAGUAAGAUCCUCAAGCAUCACGCAAAGAAAUGUGGCCAUUUCGAACGAAAAUAAAACUCACAAGAGAGACAUUAAUUGUUAAUAAACAUAACAAAAUGCCAUAGGCAUUGAAAAUGCAAAGGAUUUUGCAAAAAAAUCCAACUGAUAAAAAUUGUCGAAAUAAAGAGCAAACUUUAAAAGCAAA